AUGAUAUCGAGAGUUUCUCCUCCUUGGUGGAAAGAAGCGACAAUAUACCAAGUCUACCCCGCGAGCUUCAAGGAUACGAAUGGAGACGGUUGGGGUGACAUUCCGGGGCUGGUCUCUAAGAUCGAUUACCUGCACGAUCUAGGCGUCGAUGUGGUUUGGCUGUCACCGAUGUUCGAAAGCCCCCAGGCAGAUAUGGGCUACGAUAUAUCCGACUAUCAGAAAGUAUACGCUAGAUACGGGUCCCUUCAAGAUGUUGACAACUUGAUUGAGGCUUGCCAUUCAAGGGGUAUGAAAUUGAUACUGGACCUGGUUGUCAACCAUACAUCCAAGGAGCAUGAGUGGUUCAAGGAAUCAAGAUCCUCACGUGAUAAUCCGAAGCGAGACUGGUAUAUCUGGAAGCCCGCUCGGUAUGACAUGAACGGCAGGCGGAGACCGCCGACAAAUUGGAGGAGUUAUUUUGCAGGUGGAACCUGGACCUGGGAUGAGCUAACUCAAGAAUAUUACCUACACCUCUAUGCAUCAGAUCAACCGGAUUUAAAUUGGGAGAACCAGUCUUGCCGCCAGGCCAUCUAUGAGAACGCCAUGCGAUUCUGGCUCGACAGGGGUGUUGAUGGAUUCCGGGUGGACACUGUCAACAAGUACAGCAAAAGGACCGAGUUUAUUGACGCCAGAAUCGCAGAUCCCAAGAGUGAGUGGCAACCUGCGCCUGAAAUGUGGUGUAAUGGUCCAAGGAUUCACGAGUUCUUGAAAGAAAUGAACAGUGAAGUUCUUGACCAUUAUGACGUUGUCACAGUAGGGGAGCUUUCCAAUACACCUCACCCACAAGGGGUUUUGGAUUACGUCCAGGCAUCUAAGAGGGAGCUGAAUAUGGUAUUCCAAUUCGACAUGAUUCGGUUAGGAACAGGUGACGGAUUCGGCAGCAAGUAUACCUUCAAGCCCUGGAAACUCAGUGAAUUGAAGGUAUUAGUGGAAAGGUGGCAGAAGUUCAUUGAAGGCACAGAUGGCUGGACGACGGUGUUCUGUGAGAAUCAUGAUAACGGAAGAGCAGUAUCUCGAUUUGGCUCGGACAGCCCGGAGCACUGGGAGAAUUCCGCAAAGAUGAUCGCUCUUUGGCAAGCUACCCUUACAGGGACGCUGUUUCUGUAUCAAGGUCAAGAGAUUGGCAUGACCAACAUGCCAGAAAGCUGGUCCAUCGAGGAGUACAAAGAUAUUGAAAGCAACAACUUCUACCGUGAAGCGGAAAGAAACGCAGACUCGGCGGAAAAGGACCGGGUAAUGAGUGGCCUUCGGAUUCUUGCUCGAGAUCAUUCUCGUCUUCCAUUCCAGUGGGACAGUUCUGCACACGGUGGCUUCACCUCCUCUAGCACUGAACCAUGGAUGCGCGCACAUGAUCAUGCUGGUAGAAUCAACGUGGCGAAUCAAGUGAACGACAGUCAAAGCGUACUGUCACUCUACAAGAAGAUGAUGGCAUUGCGGAAGAGCCACGCGGAUAUCUUCAUUCAUGGCACAUUCCAGCUUGUGGACAAAAUCAACGAGAAUGUCUUCACCUACAUCAAAGAGAGUCUUGACGGCAGUCGGCGGGCCCUCGUAAUUCUAAACUUCUCGAAUUCAAAGCAGCCAGUACCAAAUCUGAAGGGGUGUUCGGUAGAUCCUUGCAACUGGCAUUUGCUUAUGGGGACAUCGCGCGGUCCAACCGUAGAAGGCGCCUUGGGUGCAUAUGAGGGCCGGGUCUAUGUCGAUUUUGAACAUUAUUGA